AAAUCACAUCACCUUAAAUUUAUUCCCUCUUUAAAUAUUAAGACUUCCCCAUCCCUUUCCCUAUACAAACCUCUCCUCUUUCCCUCCCAUAAUUAAUUUCCCUUCCAAAACCAAAAUAUUAUUCUUUCCAAAAAAAAAAAACCAAAAAAUUAUUUUAACAUUAAAACAUCCUUAAAUCUUCAUUCUCUUCAUAUAUGGGCACUCUUGUAGGACAUGUUGCACCUGGUUUUGCUUUCUUAAUUUUAGGUCUAUGGCACCUUUUAAACCACAUCAAACUUCAUGUCAAAAAUCCAAACACUUACAUUUCACCACCAUGGUUCCCAACAUCAAAAUACAAAUAUAUUGAACUUUAUCUUAUCAUGGUAGCCACAAUAGCAUCAAUCUCAAUGGAACUUUUCAUCGGUCCUGCUCGACACCAACCCUUUGAUACCGACGGUACAAUACCCUCAAACCAUCUUCACAACUUCGAACACGCUUCGAUAUCCUUGACUUUCUUUGUCUACGCUGUUUUCGCCAUCAUCCUCGACAAAAUUGAAAACAAAGCAAAAUAUUCCUUGACACAAUUACUAGCUUCUAUAGCAUUUUUUCAGCAACUUCUUCUUUUCCAUCUUCAUUCAGCUGAUCACAAUGGACCAGAAGGACAAUAUCAUCUUCUCUUACAAAUUCUUAUCUUUGUCUCACUUUCAACUACUCUCUUAGGAAUUACCAUGCAAAAAAAUUUCAUAAUUAGUUUUGUGAGAUCUUUAAGUAUAUUUUUUCAAGGCUUAUGGCUUAUGGUUAUGGGAUUUAUGCUUUGGACACCAAGUUUAAUUUCCAAAGGUUGUUUUAUGAAUCUUGAAGAAGGUCAUAAAGUUGUGAGAUGUUCAAAUCAUGAAUCACUUCAUCGUGCUAUUUCACUUGUUAAUAUUUUAUUUAGUUGGUUUGUAAUUAUUGUGGCGGUUUUUGGUGUUUCUUUGUAUUUGGUUUUGACCAAAUACUAUGAAGGAGAUUUUAAGGUUCGAUAUUUCUCAUUGGGAGUUGAAGAGGAAGAAAAAGAUGUUGAGAACAUAAGUGAUGAUGUGGAAUCUCAAAAGGGAAGCUUAGGUGGCAACCCAAAAAGCUUUAUUCAUGUGGGAAAAAAAACUUAUUCACCUCUUGACAUAGAGAGGUAGUAAGUAAUAUGGAGUACUAUGAGUGACGAAGAAAUUAGUUGAAUUUAUGUUGUUUUUUUUUUUUUUAUUAAGUUAAUUUGUGAUUACUUGUUAGGUUAGGUGUGUGAGGUCAGGUGUAUAUUGUGUACAUGUAUUUUACUAUAAGAAUGGUGGGGUCCAUGUAUAUUAAUAAUGUUGGUUCCAGGAAACUUUAGUUUAUAGGCUUUGCGUGACAUUUUUUUUAAUAUGAAUAUGUAUCUGACUCACUAAAUCGCGUAAUUUGGUUUGGGUGUCAGUUAUGAUAUUAAAUGAAUAUUGUUUUGUUUUUUGUUGGAUGA